CUCGAGACCACCUCACCACCUCACCAACACUCGUCCAACCCACCACAACACCUCCGCCCAAGAAACGAAACACACACCCAAAAUGAGCGCAAAAAUCGAGAAGAUCAUCGUCCGUCUGCAAGAAAAGUACGUCUCAUCCCCUCCUCCCUGGGUAUAUGAUAUAAUCUAACCAAAACACCCCACCAGAAUCACCGCAGGAGAAUUCUACGAAGCCCAACAGCAAACCCGCGUCGUAGCAGCCCGGUACAUCAAAGCCGAGAACUGGCCCGCAGCAACCGACAUCCUCUUCAACAGCGCCUCGGCGCUCUUGAAAGCCGGUCAGGGAGGGAGUGGUGGUGAUUUGGGACUUUUCUUGAUCGAUGUGUAUAAACAGGCGGAAUGGAAGCCUGAGUCUGGGAAUAAGGGGAAAUUGUUGACGCUGCUACGUCAGUUCAAUAGUGAGGAGCCGACAAGGAAGAAGUUUGUUGCUGAGAUGAUUGGGUGAGUUUUGUUUCUGAAAAGGAGGGGAGGGGAGCUAAUGGGUUGUAGAUGGUCGGCGAAAUUUGGCGAUUACCCCGCUGGAGAGCCGGAUUUACAUCAUGUUGCGGGAUCGCUGUAUGCGGAGGAACUCGAUGUCUACGAGGCGGAACGACAUCUUACAUAUGGAACGAAGGAUUCGCCCGAGGUGUUUGUCAAAUUGGAGUAUGAGUGGUAUACCCAGGAUGAUUCUCAUACUGCUGCUCUCUAUGCUGCUCGAGCGGUCUUCCCAUAUCUUCUUACUGGAAACGUCCGCGAUGCUUCGAAAUCAUUACGCUUAUUUACGAGUCGAUUGGUAGAGGAGAAUAAGGGACUGGCGGUGCAGGAUGUGAGCAGUAAUAGUUUGGACAUGAGGGUAUAUCCUAGUAUUCCGCUACUAAACUUCUUGGGUCUGCUCUUGCUGGCUUAUCAGAAGGGAGCUGCGGAUAUGUUCAAGCAGCUUAAGACCAAGUACGCUGUGCAUAUAAAGGAUGUUGGCAUUUGGGACGAGGCGUUGGUGACAGUGGCAGAGAUAUACUUUGGCAUCCAAAGACCGCGACAAGGAAACCCUCUUAUGGAUAUGAUGGGAAGCAUGUUUGGUGGAGGAGGAGCACCAGGAAAACCACAACCAAAGCGUGUUGGAGCCUCAGCACCAGUCGCAGAAGGACUAGACUAG